AUGUCUCGAGGACAGGAUUCUCAGUGUUGGAAUUCUUCUGUGGCGGCCAGUUUCACGGAGAAGCAUGUUGCACUCCAGGAUGUCUCCUGUGGCACCGGACAGUUCUGUCGAGGCGAUCAAUACAUUCGUAUUGGGCAGAAAGGCUAUCGUGUUUCGGAGAGCGGCAAGCGCAAUGCCCACUGCAUUGUGUGUUAUAAUUGCUACUCGUACUACCGUGAUCGCCAACGAGACUCUCAAAGUUCGCAUGCUGCUGGACCUCCGCGAUCCUCGGCCCCAGCUCCAGAUGCCAAAGAGAUUCAACGCAUGAAUAAUCAGGGCCGUUUGGGAGAUGUCUCGCGUGCUCAGCAGCACGUUUCGAUUUUUCCUCGCUCGGGUGGCACAAUGGGCCCACCGUCAUCUGUUCCCGCACGCCCGAUUGUUGCAGCUCCGAGUGCCUGGGAUCGUUCUCGCAACUCUGAUAUUGUGUCUCAAAAAGGCUCGAGGAGUCAGAAUCAGUGGUCUGACAAGGGAUACUCGAAGAAUCACGCACAGUACCAAGCGUCUCGUGGCUCAUGGGCACGCUCAAGUUAUGUGGGGCGUUCUCCAAAGAUGUUGCCCAUCCUGGUUGGUAUUCGAUACGAGAUUCUCAAGAAACCAAGAGGCGAAAGCUAUGGAACCAUCAGCGAAGGCAGCGAAAUUCCCGGCGACGCAAGCGCCGAGUUCAUCUUCAACCACGUGUUUGAGGUCCUGUAUGACCGUCUCGUCGCAGAUGCCAAUUUCCAGUUCCGUGAGAACGAGCUCACUGUCCGGGACGUGACAACUUGGCAAGAUUUCAAGGCUCUCCAGUCUGACCACGUGUUCUACUGGGACAAGUACUACAAGAUCUCGGGCAAGGCGACAAAACCAGAAUGGAAGGCUCCCAGGGCAUCUGUUCAGAUUGCUCUAGUGAUUUCGGGCAGGGAGUGGCAACGACGCACGGAAAUGUUAGCAGCGUCUGAACCUGAUGCCGACUCAAAUGAAAAUUCUGUCAGUGCCACAGCGAGCGCCGUCCAGACUCGGGUCACUCGGUUUACAGCAUCCGUCUCGAAUGCAUCUGAUCAAACAGAGGCCAGCACCAUCAGGAGUCUGGCUCGAUCCACUGAUCGUGAGGCAACUAGGGCGCUUUCGCAACGCUCUGGUUCCUCAUCAUCGAGUGCCGUAGUUCUCGGAGCGGCAACAUGGUCCCCCAAUAAACGCCAUGAACGUACACUGAGCCUUGGUGCUCCUUCGACACCUCCCUCGUCGCCACAGCUUCGAUCAAAGCGUUCACAUCCUGGCUGGCGCUCACCGGAUGAGGCGGACUUUGCCCGGCUUCGAAAGGUGGCUAGUGUUGGAGGUCAGGUAUCUCGAUCAGGCACUCGCGAUGUCCCAACUUGCGAGCAGAUUCUAUUUUUCCGCAUUUAUCCCAAAGCCAUGGACGCACUGUUCACUCAGGAUGAGGCGGCGAUGCAGUUUGUGUGCGAUCCGGCUGUGGCUGAGCCAGGCACACUCAGUGUUGUCCUGUCUGCUGCUUUAGGGUCUGGUAGUUUCAAGGACGCAUACGAAGGUUUCCUCACCCUUGUUCGACCAUCAACGUCUCCCACUGGGCUCGGAUCAACUGUGAAUCAACGCGUUGCGGCCAAACGGAUGAUCGAUACAAAGGCCAGUCGACGUGAUACAGUCGGAAUCAGACGGUUCAGUCCGGCAGUCGAACUUGAGCAGAGCAUUUGCGAAGGGAAUCUGCUGCUUUGGGCAACCUCACUGUUCGACCUCACAGAUACUUUCGUCCAUCAUCAGCUCAAUCCUGAUCACCCGUCGUAUCACAUUGCGCUCUAUCUCUGUUUCACGCAGCACGUUCAGUACGUGUACACUGGACGGAGCAUGUUCUUGUCGGACUAUCAAGGCUCUGAAUCCCUUCUCACGGACCCUCAGAUCAUGACCACUCCCGAGAUUGCCAAACAGCGUGGAACUCCAAUGUUUGGCGGUGGCAACGUCAGUGAGCUCUUCAACGUGUUUUGUAACCAACACGUGUGCUCCGAUUAUUGCCGGUUCUUCGGUCUCAAACCCCUUGCUCAAGUCCCUGUUUAA